GACGUCAUGCCGGCCCUACCCAGAGCCCUUGCGGUGACGGAGGGUGAAGACGUAAUGGAGUGAGCGGCUGUUCUCCAGUGAUGGUCAGUCUGUCAGUGUGUCUGGCUGGACCGCGCAACCCCGAGCUGCUGCUAUGAAGGCUGGGGCCUCCUCCAUGUGGGCUUCCUGCUGCGGUCUGCUCCAUGAGGUGAUGGGCACGGGAGCAGUGCGCGGCCAGCAGCCGGCCUUCGGAGCCGCCGCCGGCCCCUUCCGCUUUGCCCCCAGCGCCGGCUACUCCAGCUAUCCAUCCAGCGGUUCGGCGAGCCCCAGUCUGGUGUGCAAGGCCUGCGGCCAGGCCUUCUCUGUCUUCAGGAGGAAGCACAUCUGCUGCGACUGCAAGAAGAGCUUCUGCGCCCUGUGCUCAGUGCCACAGGACAGCCUGCGUCGCUGCACCACCUGCCAGCUGUUGCGGGGCACAGCCUUUCAGCGGCCACAAUUGAUGCGCCUGCGUGUCAAGGACCUGAGGCAGUACCUGAUUCUGCGCAACGUUCCCACAGACACUUGCCGUGAGAAGGAAGACCUGGUGGACCUGGUGCUGUGCCACCGGGGAGUGCCUCACAGCCAGGAGGGAGAGAAUGAAGGGGAGGAAGAGGAGGGGAACUCAGGUGGGAUGCGCUCACGCCCAUGUUCCUUAUAUAGCCCGGCAACCACCACAAACUCCACCUCUCAGGGAGAAUUGCUCAGCCAGACUGAAUGCUCAGGCACCGCCCACCAGGCAGGGACCGCCCACCCGGCAGGGACCGCCCACACGGCAGGGACCGCCCACCAGUCCGGGACCACCUGCCCAACUGGGACGGCCCACCAGUCAGGGACCACCCGUCCAACUGGGACGGCCAACCAGUCAGGGACCACCCGUCCAACUGGGACGGCCCCCCAGACCGGAACCACCCGCCCAACUGGGACGGCCCACCAGACUGGGACCACCCAGCCAACUGUGACAGCCCACCAGGGUGGGACCACCCACCCAACUGGGAAUGCCCACCAGAGCAGGACGACCCGCCCAACUGGGAAUGCCCACCAGCCAGCGACAGCUCACCAAGUAUGGAUGGCCCACCAAACAGGGACGGACCACCAGGCGGGAAACACCCACUCAAUAGGGACGACCCAUCAGGCAGGAACAGCCUACCCUACAGGAAAUGCCCAACCAACAGAUACAGUGCAUCAGGCAUGGAUGUCCCACCCAACAAUCAACUCCCACCAGGCAAGGACAGCCCACCCACCAGGGAACACUCAUCAGACAAGGACAGCCCACCCAACAGGGAACGCCCACCAGACAGGGACAGCCUGCUCACCAGGGAACACAAACCAGACAAGGACAUCCCACCCAACAGGGAACGCCCACCAGACAGGGACAGCCUGCUCACCAGGGAACACAAACCAGACAAGGACAUCCCACCCAACAGGGAACACCCACCAGACAAGGACAGCCCACCCAACAGGGAACGCCCACCAGACAAGGACAGCCCACCCAACAGGGAACACUCAUCAGACAAGGACAGCCCACCCAACAGGGAAUGCCCACCAGACAGGGACAGCCUGCUCACCAGGGAACACUCACCAGACAAGGACAGCCCACCCAACAGGGAACGCCCACCAGACAAGGACAGCCCACCCAACAGGGAACGCCCACCAGAGAAAGACGUCCCACCCAACAGGGAACGCUCACCAGACAAAGUCGUCCCACCAGUCAGGGACGUCCCACCAGGCAGGGAAUACUCACCAGGCAGGCAAUGCUCACCAGGCAGGAAUAGGCCACCAGGCAGGGACAGCUUAUUCAACUGGAAAAGCCCACCCAACAGAGACAGCCUGCCAGGCAGUGAAUUCCCACAUGACAACAAACUCAACAGGAAAUGCCCAGCUAAUAGGGAUGACAAACCCGAUAGGGAAUGCCCACCAGGAAGGAAACAACCAACAAGCAGGAACAAGUCACCACAUAGGAACCUCCCACCAAGUAGGAAGUGACCACCACACAGUGACCACCCACCAGGAAGGAAACGCCAAUCAGGAUCUAGAAGAUGUGGCUUCUCUGUCCCUCUUGAACUUGGAAUCCAGUGAAGACGCACAGGCCAGCCCCACGGCGCAGAAGCGUGCUCGUGCAUCGCUCUCUGACCUCUCCAGCCUUGAUGAGGUGGAGGGCCUGUCUGUGCGGCAGCUCAAGGAGAUACUGGCCCGCAACUUCGUCAGCUACUCCGGCUGCUGUGAAAAGUGGGAGCUGGUGGAGCGUGUGGGUCGCCUGUACCGUGAGAACGAGCAGAAUCGCAAGUCCCUAGAAAAUGUUAACAGCAGUCUAACUGCAGUGGUUGCGUACCCCCAGCCUGUCUGCAAUGGUGGAAUCGGAGGCGCAGAGCAGCAGCAGCUAGCCGCCCAGGACGACAGCCUGUGCAGGAUCUGCAUGGAUGCCGUGAUCGACUGUGUGCUGCUGGAGUGUGGUCACAUGGUCACCUGCACCAAGUGUGGCAAGCGCAUGAGCGAGUGUCCCAUCUGUCGGCAGUAUGUGGUGCGGGCUGUGCACGUCUUCCGGUCCUAGUGGUGCCGCAAUCGCCACCAUCCUGGCGGUGUGACACAGACGGCCACGGGCCACAUUGUGAAGCCACGCCCCCAUCCCACCCCCCAUCUCACCACCCACCUCACCCAGGCCUGGAUGAUUUCUCAGCCGUGCCGUGAUGCCACCAGGCCUUUCCUUCCUUCUGGUGUCCUUUCCAUUUGGCUUGUUGGAGGUGGCUUCUUGAAGAUGGUGAUGCUAUUACCUUCACUGUUCCUCUCGUGAACUUCUCUGACCUUUUGGGUGAACUGAUGUAUGAUUAAAAGAUGGAAGCUGCAAAGCAGAAGCUCAGAGCCUCAGUACUUUUUAUCCCCCAUGUCCCUCCUGUCCCACACGUCCCCCCUGUUCCUCCUGUCCCUUGUUCCACAUGUCCACCCUGUCUCACACAAUCCUCCGUAUCCCUCCAAUUGUUCCAGUCUUACCUUGUUUAUCGAUCCAUUUAUCUAUCUGACAUCAAAACCCUACAGUUUUUAUGAAUGUUCUGGCAACGCUGUCUUUGUUGGACUAUAAAAGUCCUCAAAACCCACAGGAAGCUGUAUCGCUCAGCAGGUUAGGACCCUAUGCCUGUGAUCAGGCCAUCGUUGGUUCAAAUCUCAGGGUCAGCAGAGUGAUGCCGCCACUGGGGCCCUGAGUGAUGCCCUUAACCCCCAAAUGCUGCAGGGAUGACUGACCCUGCUCUCCCACAUGUACAGCAGUGGCAUGGCCGUGGGGUACCAGCAUCAGGAGGUGCCAAACAUGGUGUGUGUGACAGUGUGAGGUUAGUGCCCUCCGUCAGUGCUGCUGGUAAUCAGUGUCGCAGCCCGUUCUGGCCCUGUGGGCAGAGCUACGCUGCUUUGCACGUUACAGGAGUCUCAGUAAACACUGUCCCAAAUGAUAAAAAAACAAAACAUGGACCCGGUUAUUAUAAAUGCAAUUGUCCAUGCAGCAAUAUUUCACAUUUUACCUCUAUGUUUUUCUCCAUUGUCAUGUUCUGCAUCAAAUUAAAAAUAUAAUAAUAAAAAAAACAAAAACAGGUGCUAUAUGAAUCUAUCCCGCAUCUCCUCUUUAAUAUGUCUAUCUUUGGGAAUGUGUAGCUGGUUUGUCACUGAUCAGCAUUUCGGUUUAACUUUCUGACAUUUGUCUGCAAAUCAUCACUCACGCUGAGCUGCACCCAGGAGCACUGAAUUGCUGUACAGAUGCAUAUAAUAUAUCACUAACAUGUACAUAUCUAUAUAUAUUUUUCCAUUUGCUUUGAAUGUUUAAUAUCUGAUUUUUGACGAUGUCCUUCAGAUAGACUGACACUAAGUAAAGUUGUACUAUUCCCUGCUUAA